UCGCAAGUCGCAAAUUCUAAACGGGGCAGCUGGCUGUUGUUGACGAUCGGAUCGAAAAUCCUUCCAAAUAGGAGAAUUUUCCUGCCCAAACCUCACUUCAGGACGGUGAAAAGCGUACUAUUCACAGUCGGUGUGUUGUGAACCCAUUCCCAAUCGGUGGCCAGCUUCAUUUUGUGGCCGAUCAAAUUAGAAAUUCUGCUGGAACGGAGGCGAGAAAAGGUCGUCGUGGACAACCCAAAAAAGAAUGUAAAAUUCCUACUCUAGGCUUGUCGCAGUCAUUUCCACGAGCGAUCAAAAUAAUUGAACCAAGUGAGGGCAUCGAAGAGCGCAUUAGGGUAAUUGUUUCAGCUGCUCGGCUGAAAGUGCAAUCAAUUGUUUUCCCCGUUCCAGACUAUGCUCGUAGACAAAAAAGCAGAAACAAGUAAAUUUUUAUUUACCUAACUGGUUUGAACAUUUGGGAGGAAGCAGAAAGCAGACGAGAUGUCGGUUACGUUUGAGCAGAUCAUCCUGGACGCCAAGAGGAUUGCCAAUCGUUUGAAGGAUCGAGAGGCAUUAGGGGACUCCUUGCUGCUAGAGUCGGAAUCGGUUAACAAACAGAUCGAAUCAAUGCGACAAUUCCAAGAUGAUAUCGAUAUAUUGAACAAACUGGCCCGGGAUCGCUCCAAUAAUCAGCUGAUCACGAUUAUUCACCAGGAGAACCCCCAGAUUCGCGAGAUUCAACAGGAGAAUCGUCUGCUGAAGGCGGAGUUGGAAGACUACCAGCAUGCAUUAGAGCACAUCAUGUCCAAGUAUCGGGAGCAUACACAGAGUAAGAUUCUCAAUACCAAGGUCAACUUUGUGGAAGCCUUUAGCAAACAUCAACAGUUUAACGAGCGAAAGGACGAGGUUAUCAGGCAACAGACGCAAAAGAUUCAAGAAAUGGCUGCCGUUAUGCAGCGGGCCUCUCAACUUGACGAGGAACAGUUUAACCAAGAACAGGAGUUUCUGAGUAAACUGAUGACGGAAAACAAGGGCCUUCGUGAACUGCUGGAAAUUUCCCACAAGUACGGCUCAAACGGUCAGAAGAUCUUAGUCAACAGUAAGUCCACUCAAACCGACACUUAUCUGCUGGAUGGGCUGACUGCAUCCUCUUCGAAAAGUGGAACGGGUAACGAACCAUCGGCAUCCAACACAGGCACAAUUAAAGUCAGUCCAUCGUCCUUGAAAAUGGCCGCAGCGUCGUCGGCGUCGACUUCGGCAUCACUCCUAACGGCAGGAACCCCAGCAGCGAGUGGCACAAGUACGACGGCCUCAUCCCUAUCGUGACGAGAUUCCGACGAUAGCCAAGUGUCCGUAUUCUUCUGCUGCCAAUCGGCUUUGCUGUAAUGUAAUACUUUUAAUCGAAAACUCCCGGGAGAAAACAGAAAGUGAAACCGAUAAAACCGAAGGGAAAUUAACGCAACACAAUUUUAAAAAAUCAUUCAACCAUUGCAAUCAUCCAUUCACCCUGAAUUAAUAAAACAAAAUCGCACUCUUCAAAACCUACAUACACACCCACACAUACCUACAUGUUAUAACGAGCUGUUUCGUAGUUGAGUUGCAAUAAAUUCUAGUUAUUUAUAAUAAUCCACAACGGAGUAGUAGGCAACACCCAUGCAAUGCACCUACAAUUGAUUUUUGUUUUCAGAGGAAAUCAAUUAAAAUGUAUUAAUUCAUUGUAUCACCUCAUGACCAUUUAGUACUAACUACCACUACAACAAUAAAGUGAUAAGUGUGAGUGGAGUGCGUCUACUCAACCAACACUGGCACUGUUACACAUGAAUUCGUCUCUUAUUAGUUUGGUAUGUUUUUGUGUCGAUCUUUGUACUGUAAUCGCUAUUGAAUUAAUAAAAUCAUAGG